GAAGAAGAAGAGAGGGCCAUUCAUUCAUCAACAACAUAUCACCUAGACUAGAUAGAGGCCCCCCUCCCUCCUCCUCCGGCUCUUGUUUGCUCUCCUCUCACUCCUCUUCUUAGAGAGAGAGAAGUGGAGCUGCCUAGACAUAGGUGGUAGCUAGAGAGAGAAGAUCUAGUUAGAGCGAGAGUGGCCAUGCACAGCAGCUACAGAGCCAUGCAUCCUCACCUGUACCAGGGCCACCGCCACCACCAUGGUGCGCCUCCGAGCAAGCAUGGUGGUGGCGGCGGCGGCGGCGAGGAGGACGACCAGUCCAUGCUUCUGCUCUCGCUGUGGCCUCCUGGCCACAGCCAGCACCAGCACCACCACCACCAUGGCGGCGCUGCCUCGUCGGCGUGCUCGUCUGUGUCCAUCUCCGCCGCCGUCGCUGGCACUACCGUUCACUCCGGUGGUGGUGGUGGUGGUGGUGGUGGUAAUGGUACAGCCGCCGCGUCGUCGUGGUUCAACCCGAGCCACUACCAUAGCGGCGGCGGGGGAGGAGGAGGAGGAGGAGGAGGACGUGGUGGUGGAGGGUUCUUGUUCCAGGAGCAGGAGCCCAACGUGAGCAUAUCGCUGUCCAUAGCCCCCCCGUGCGGCGGCAACGCGGCGGUGGCGGCCGGGAGCUUCGCCUCGCCGCCGCAGCAUCAGCUGGCGUCGCCGAUGCCGUCGACGGUGGCCACGCCGCCGGGAGGCGGGCAGGUGCCUAGCCAGUAUUGGAUCCCCUCCGCCGCCGAGAUCCUCGUCGGCUCCACGCAGUUCUCCUGCGCCGUCUGCAACAAGACCUUCAACCGCUUCAACAACAUGCAGAUGCACAUGUGGGGGCACGGUUCGCAGUACAGGAAGGGGUCGGAGUCGCUGCGGGGGGCGAUCACGGUGGGGACGGCGCCGCCGGCGUCGCUGAUGCGGCUCCCGUGCUACUGCUGCGCCGAGGGGUGCCGGAACAACAUCGAGCACCCGCGGGCGCGGCCGCUGAAGGACUUCCGGACGCUGCAGACGCACUACCGGCGGAAGCACGGCGCCCGGCCCUACGCGUGCCGGCGGUGCGGGAAGCGGUUCGCCGUCCGCGGCGACUGGCGCACCCACGAGAAGAACUGCGGCAAGCUCUGGUUCUGCGUCUGCGGCUCCGACUUCAAGCACAAGCGCUCGCUCAAGGACCACGUCCGCUCCUUCGGCGGCGGCCACGCCCCGCACAUCGUCGAGUCCGUCGCCGCCGACGACGACGACGAUGACGACGACGACGACGACCUCGCCACCACCACCACCACCACCCACUCCCGCGCCGGCCACGACGACGCCUCCUCCGACCUCCUCCUCCACGACGACCACGCCCACGACGGCAGCGACAGCAUGCUCGUCGUCUGA